GUCUUAAACAUUAAAUUCGACGGGGAAAAAGAAAUCAGAGGCUAAUCUAAGAGAAAUACAAAAGUAAUCACUUUCAAAGCAGAAGAGUGGAAGCAACAGUCAAAUGGAUUUAUCGUACGCAUAAUAUACUCUCUUCUUCUUUUUUUUCUCUACUCGUCUAUAUAAACCUUCUCUCAGCUUCAUCUUCCUCCUUCGAUUCACAAGAGAGAGAAAGAGACCACAAAAAAAAGAUAUGUCUUCUCCGUUUCUCUCCUCCACCGCUUUCUUCCUUCUCGUUAUCCUCUACCUGGGUUCCUGCCACGUGUCCCAUGGAGCUCCUCAGCAAGCAACAUACAUCGUUCACAUGGCUAAAUCCCAGAUGCCAUCAAGGUACGACCUCCACUCCCUCUGGUACGAUUCCUCACUCAGAUCCGUCUCAGAGUCCGCUCAGCUGCUCUACACUUACGACAACGCAAUCCACGGAUUCUCCACUCGCCUAACCCCUGAGGAAGCCGACUCGCUCACAUCUCAGCCAGGCGUCAUCUCAGUCCUACCCGAGCACCGUUACGAGUUACACACCACUCGGUCCCCACUCUUCCUCGGCCUCGACGACGAGAAUGGCGCGGAUCUCUUCCCCGAAACCGGCGCAUCCAGCGACGUCGUCGUCGGAGUUCUCGACACCGGGGUCUGGCCGGAGAGCAAAAGCUUCUCCGACAAAGGAUUCGGUCCUGUUCCGUCGACGUGGAGAGGCGGGUGCGAGGCCGGAACUAACUUCACCGCCUCCCUAUGUAACCGCAAGCUCAUCGGAGCUAGGUUCUUCGCUCGUGGCUACGAAGCAACGAUGGGACCAGUCGACGAAUCCAAAGAAUCCAGAUCUCCCAGAGACGACGACGGCCACGGAACGCACACGUCAUCAACAGCCGCCGGAUCCGUCGCGGAGGGAGCUAGCCUCCUGGGGUUCGCCAGCGGGACAGCUCGCGGGAUGGAUCCACGCGCUCGCGUGGCGGUUUACAAAGUCUGUUGGUUAGGCGGUUGUUUCAGCUCGGAUAUUUUAGCCGCCAUCGAUAAAGCGAUCGACGAUAACGUCAACGUUUUGUCGAUGUCGCUUGGUGGUGGGACGUCUGAUUACUAUAGAGACGGAGUUGCGAUUGGCGCAUUCGCCGCGAUGGAGAGAGGUAUAUUCGUCUCGUGCUCUGCUGGUAACGCAGGCCCAAGCCCUUUCAGUUUAUCCAACGUGGCGCCGUGGAUCACCACGGUUGGUGCUGGUACGUUGGAUCGCGAUUUUCCCGCGGUUGCGGUUCUAGGCAACGGGAAGAACUAUUCGGGAGUUUCAUUGUUUAAAGGAGACGCUCUUCCGGAUAAUAAGUUGUUACCGUUUAUUUACGCGGGGAAUGCUAGUAACGCGACUAACGGGAACUUGUGUAUGACGGGGACUUUGAUUCCGGAGAAAGUGAAGGGGAAGAUUGUGAUGUGCGAUAGAGGAGUGAACGCUAGGGUUCAGAAAGGGGAUGUGGUGAAAGCUGCCGGUGGAGUAGGUAUGAUCCUGGCCAAUACGGCUGCCAACGGAGAGGAGCUCGUGGCUGAUGCUCAUAUGUUACCCGCGACUACGGUUGGAGAGAAAGCUGGCGAUAUCAUCAGGCGCUACGUCUUGACGGAUCCGAAUCCAACCGCUUCGGUUUUGAUCCAAGGAACUGUUGUUAACGUCAAGCCUUCUCCGGUUGUUGCGGCGUUUAGCUCGCGGGGGCCUAAUUCGAUUACUCCCAACGUUCUCAAACCUGAUUUGGUGGCUCCGGGAGUCAAUAUCCUCGCCGCGUGGACCGGAGCCGCGGGACCGACGGGACUUCCUUCCGAUCCUCGCCGCGUGGAGUUCAACAUCAUCUCCGGGACGUCGAUGUCUUGCCCUCACGUGAGCGGUUUGGCGGCUCUUCUCAAGUCCGCGCAUCCGGAGUGGAGCCCCGCGGCGAUUAGAUCGGCGCUCAUGACCACCGCUUACAGAUCAUACAAAGACGGAAAACCGAUCCUGGACAUCGCGACGGGGAAACCUUCGACGCCGUUUGAUCACGGUGCGGGAUACGUGUCGCCGACGAUCGCCACUAAUCCAGGACUCGUGUACGAUCUCGGGACGGUUGAUUACUUGGGUUUCCUCUGCGCGUUGAACUACACAUCGUCGCAGAUCAGAAGCGUUUCGAGACGCAAUUACACUUGCGAUCCCGCCAAAACGUACUCCAUCGCCGAUCUAAACUAUCCGUCUUUCGCUGUUAAUGUUGAUGGAUCCGGAGCGUACAAGUACACACGCACUGUCACGAGCGUUGGAGGAGCUGGGUCCUACUCGGUUAAAGUCACUUCCGAUAACACAGCAGUCAAGAUUUCGGUUGUACCGGCUGUUUUGAAUUUCAAAGAAGUUAACGAGAAGAAAUCGUAUACAGUGACGUUUACCGUAGACUCGUCUAAGGCGUCUGGAUCUAACAGCUUCGGCAGCAUUGAAUGGUCAGAUGGGAAGCACGUGGUGGCCAGUCCCGUGGCGAUCAGCUGGUCGUAGUGGUUUGGUUUAGUUAUGACAAAAUUAUUGGGCUUUAAUGGGAAGAAGAAAGUUCAGAUAUCGUAAUGCCGUUUCUAUAAGAGCUCUGUUUAGCAGAAACGGCAUGCAGUCUUGGCUUAUCUAGUUUGUUUUUGGAACUCUUGUCGUUGUGUUUUCUCUUUGCUAUUUGAAGAAAAGAAAUAUUCUCCGGCCACAAGGAUAGCUGGAUUGUGCCUUUAGCUGUUUUAUCAUGUGACUUGAAUAUUUAAAUGAAAAGUAAAAUGAUUGGACUU